CCACGAGAGUCGCCAUCAUUCUCGAUUUGCCAAUAGUGCCGAGUGCCAGCAGCUGAAAAAUCGAUCCCGAGGGGUGCCCGGUGCGCGAGUGCCACGGAUACUAAAACCAAACACUACCACUAGAAGGUACACUAAGAGAAAGACAUUUGCGUAAAGUUUGUUGAAAAUUUAAAGCCUACUGUGUGUGUCUGUGCGUGUGUGUGUGAUUGUGGUUUAUGGUGGGUUUUGUUGUUUGUAACGGUUCCCCAUCCGGUGGUCGACCGGUAGAGAGAGCGAGAGAGAGCGCGCGAUCGCGAUCGUUACCGUACGGGCGCGUGUUGUUUGUCGACGUAACAUCCGAACAGGCAGCGGUGGCACCACAGACGGCGGGGACCUUGCCCUAGGUGUCAUCUUCAUCUGAGAGACAGGCGUUACAACCAGUAGCAGCAGCAACAGCAGCAGCACCGCAUCGACCACCAUCGAGCGUCCGUUCAGCAAGCUAAUCAACAAAAAUGUGGCAACAUCUUCACCUUUACAUAGCGGCCUGCACUAUUUACGGCCUGCUGACGCCCGCCGUCGGCCAAACACCGCACAUCGAGACCGUACCAGCGGCGAAGACGUACUACAGAGCGAGGGAAAAGAACGUGGAUCUGCUGUGCCGGUCCGAUAAGCCGAUCGAACGCUGCCUGGUCCGGAUACCCGGUUUCCCCGAUGCACCAGAGGCCGACGGUUACGACGUAUCGGUUGGGCUACCGAAUGGCGUUAGCUACUUUGGCGGUAGUCUAGCGCGCGGCGAGUGUGGCGUCCGUUUGGCCUCAAUACGGCCCGAACGCAUCGGCAAGUUUGUCUGUGUGCUCGAGAUCGGUGGCCAGCGGCACGAGGCCACGAUCGAGUACGCUAUCCAGAUCGAACCACAACCCUCGGUACUGAAGAUCUCCAAGCAGACGGCCUUCAUCGAUGGCGGUAUCCGGGCGAACCAGCUCGUGAAAGCCCGGUGUGUAUCACGCCGGGGUUUACCGGCCGCCAAUCUCACCUGGUCCCUGGACAACGGUCCCCUCGAUGCGGCACUCAUUCAACCGCUCGAAACCAGCGAAGAACUCGUGGAUGGACAGCCACUGCAGACGGUCCAACAGGAGGUGCACAUCUACGUAACACCGCAAGAUAACGGCAAGACGCUCGUCUGCGAGACACAGCACAUGGCACUGGGCAAGAAGAGCCAGCGCAUCAUCCUGCCACUGAAUGUAAAAUUUCCACCGGAGGCCAUUCCACACAUUCGCAUCGCUGAGCUGCCAGAGUCCGGUAGCGCCACGGUGAACAUAACGAUCCAUGCCAAUCCGCAGCCCACGACCCGGUGGAGGGUGAAUGGACGUUUGCUGAACGAGGGCGAAACGGUCGACAUGUACCAGGCGUUUAUCCCGCGGCAAACGGGUCCCAGCGAGUAUGCGGUGCUGCUGAAGAACAACGACUGUACCCUGGAGCGAGCUUCCCUUUUCACGCUCGAAGCCUCGAACGCGCUCGGCACCCAAACCUACGUCAUCCGGGCACUGAAGGUGGACGAUGAGGGCGAGUCGUCGCUGCAGGACAACAGCGUGGUGGAUGAUAACAGCGGCGGCGGGUCCGCCUUCUGGCUGAUCAGCGUGUGGACCUUCUUCUGCUCUGUGAUAGCGACACGUCUGUUGUGAAUCCAAUCGAUUGUUCUUUAAACGGUCCCCCGUCCUGGUGGCGGCUGGUGUCGCGGAUCGUUGGCUAAUGUCUUAAAAAAAAAAACCACAACCGCCAACCAACCGAUAUGCGGUGGGGGUGUUGGUGUUGGUUUGCGGUUUGCGGUUCACGGGAGAGAUUCGCCAACCAUCCGCAGCCACGGAAUUGAGGACAAUUAGGGGGGAGCGGUGGGGGGGGGGGGAGGGGAUCCCAGGAUCGACAGGAGUCGUUUCGACAAACGACAUUCUAAUGCAUAACCGAUAGUUCCUCUGAUACAAGUAUUGAGCAAAGCAGAGUCCAUGGAGAUGAUUUCAAUCGUCCGGAGGGGACGGUUUGGGGCGUAUGCCCCGCAAUGCCGUCCUCCCUGGCCGCCAACCACCUAGUGCUUAACCAAAUUUCUUUACAAUUUUCUCUAGAAUAAUCCAAUGUGAACAGUUAACAACAAGUGUGCGAAAGCAAAUUGCGAACGAUCAUGAACAUUUGAACUACGAGUAUUUUGGAGCGGGAGGCUGGAGAGCUGCAGAACGAGAAAGAUAGCGGGAACAGGGAGCUAUGAUGUGAUGUGCAAAAGGCAACUCCUCUAGCGGUUCUUCCGCCCACAUAGCAGUGAUUGAAAAUGAAAGCAUCUAGCAAAGCCCAGCAUUUAGCUGCCGACAAAACGGAGGAUGUGGCGGUGUGCGUACCGUGUGUGUAUUACGAUUAUUUAUUUAUUUCCUUAACUCUCUACGCCGCGACUCGGAUGAUGCUUUAAAUGGAUUUACAUUUGAGUAGAGAUAGUGAACAGAGAGAGUGAGUAGGAGAGAGAGAGAGAGAGAGAGAUAGAGAGAGAGAGAGAGAGAGAGAGAGAGAGAGAGAGAGAGAGAGAGAGAGAGAGAAAGUGUGCGAUCUAAUGCUGAAACGGCAAUCGUGCAAAUAUAUAGUACAACGUCUUAACGAAAAACCUUAAGGUGUCUGAAAUUGAAUUUAAUUAAUCUGGGACCGAUUGUGUUGUAGUUAUCCAAAUUAUCAACUCAAAGCCCUCUUAUUAAAGAAAACAAAAUUUUGUCUAUGCUCAGUGGA